UUGGUUAACGUUUUAGCUGUCAGCAGUUAAUUCAUGAAAAUUUGGAUGUUUUGUUCAUAUUAGAAUAUAACAAUAUUAUGGAUCUGUACGAAAGUGUUCUAUUAGUUAAACCGGAAGUUUUUGUAUAUAAUAUUCCUCCGAGAUCGUCAAACCGUGGUUAUAGAGCUGCGGAUUGGAAUUUAUCCGAGCCGUCGUGGACAGGACGGAUGCGACUGAUUUCCAAAGGGAGCGAGUUAGCUAUCAAAUUAGAAGAUAAAAAUUCUGGCGAACUUUUCGCCAAAUGCCCUAUUGAUGCAUAUCCUGGGCUUGCUAUUGAAGCCGUCAGUGAUUCAUCCAGAUAUUUUGUGUUACGGAUACAGGACGAUAAUGGGAGAUCCGCAUUUAUUGGUGUUGGAUUUGGAGAUCGGUCCGAUUCAUUUGAUUUAAAUGUGGCACUGCAAGACCAUUUUAAAUGGGUUAAAAAGGAAAAACAAAUUAGUGAAGAGCCCAAAGGUCCAACACUUGACUUGGGCUUUAAGGAAGGCGAAACUAUUAAAAUUAAAAUGAAUAUAAGUAAGAAGGACGGUGCGGAAAAUUCAAAGGCAAAAUUGAAAACAACUCCAAAUGUGGGGCUGGGGCUGCUGCCUCCACCACCCAGUGGAAAAGCCCCGGCUCAACCUGGGGUUUCUCCAGGGAACUCACCCGCGCAUAUUAGACAGGAACCUCAAACGAGUAACGAUUCCUGGGGAGAUUUCAAAUCAGCUCAGCUGGGUGAAACAUCACAGGCUUCCUCGACAAAUACAAAUUGGGUUCAAUUUUAGUCUUACAUGGCUGACAGAGGGUUUAUGUACUUUUUUUAUUAUUAGUGUUAAACGAAAUUAGUAAGGGAUGGUGCAUAGUGCUCAUCAUAUUCCAAUAUCAAGCUCUAUAUGAACCAAUCUCUCUAUAGGUAUUUAAUCCUUAUUUCCUUAUUAAUUAAUGUGUUUGGAAUCGUUUUGGUUUAAGGGUUGGGUUUUGUCCCAGUUAAGUUGAUAGUAUAAAAUAUUUGUCUACUAUAGUCUAUUUCAGAAAGUUUGGCGUGUAACUGCGCAGAGGGACUACAGAGUGACCUAAUGAAUACUUAAGCUGUAUCAUUCUUUGGAAUUGAUUUUAUUGCAAAAUACUUGUUAUCUAGUGCAGGUAGUACCAUCCGGUUUGGGUUAACUUGUGGGUUUUUCCUGUUGUUAUCUGAAAAUACCGUGCUAAAGUCUUUCCAGUAUCAUAUUCUUGCAAAAGAAAGAAUUUUAUUUUAACGCAAUAACAAUUAGGCAUUAUGUACAUCAUUUUAAGUGUCUCACUCGUUAUGAGAGUUGUUUUCAAAUAUGAUUAGAUGUUUUCUUUGUUAUGAAGGAAGACUUGUUGAUGAGUUAGAACGAUAAAAUAUGCAAAUAUCAAAGAUACAAACAAAGAUAUAAACAAAUUCCCUAUACGUAACUGUGGCAUUUUAAACCAGGAAAUUUACAGGGGCAAAUUUUGAGGUUAUGCUAUCCUGUUACUUUUUUUCACACCUUGUAGCGUCAAAAUUUCCAAACACAAACAAAUGUUUACAAACCGAUCUAUACAUAAUUAAAACUUAUAAAACCUACCGUUGCCAAGUUAUGUACUAAGAUUUAACUUUAAAAUACUUAGGCAGGAUCAAUCUUUCACUGUCGCCUCUAAUACGAGCUUUGUCUCCAUGAAAUAUUUGGCUCAACUCAUCUGUUCGAAGUUUUUUGGAUACUGGUUCUCAACUCUAGAAUGGUUCUUGCGAGAUUCGGUUGGAGCUUUUUUUCCGUGAUACGGUUUCAAUCGGCGAUAGAUUUCUGCAUUACUCUAACAUUUUUUCUAACAUCCAAUCUUUUACUUUUUUAGCCGUAUGGCAACGGGCACCAUCUUUUUGGAAGAUAUGAACAUGAAUCCCCAAAUCAUAACAGAAGUCUGAAACUUAACUUCUGAAACACUUUUUUAGCCCUUGUGACACGACUCCUAAUAUCACCAACCAUUCUUCCAAAUGAUGAAGAUCCAUUAGUUCGGAGACCAUAAUUUAUGUUUUUGCUCCACUCUACUCUUUUUUUUCUUUUUAAUCUUUAUCAGUAAGGGUUUCUCUUUUGAAUAAUAAAAAAAUAAUUUAAGAGUACCUUGUAAGUCUUAAAUCUUAAAUUUAAAAUUAAUUUAAAUAUAAAAAUUGCAAUCUUGGCAAGGUAUGUUAUUAUUUGUUUUAAAGACCCUACUUUUAUUUACAAAGUUUAUCUACGCCUAUGACCGGCAUGCAAAUUGGGCGGAAUAUGAUGGAAGUUAUCAUUUUAUGAUUCUACAAUUUUCUGAAAUAGCCUGUAGACUACUUUUACUCCCUAAUAAGUAUAAACUUAAAUAUGUGUUUUCAUUUCUCUAGUAGAACCAAAACUUUUUCCGGAAAAUGAGAUAUGGAGAUGACUUUUUAAAAUAAACUGAAUAAAAUAUAUGUACCAUUUUCUCUUAAACGAUAAUUGUAAUAUAAUUUAUUUAGAUUAUAUGUAUAAUAAUACAAUAUUUAGAUGUCUUAAUUGUGUUGACUUUAUUGUUGAGUUUAUAGCGAUAGAUAUUUUGUAUACCCUGUUUUGAAUAAUAAAAUUUGGUUUAGAAAAUUUUAGAAGAAUUCGCCGACCUGUUUGGUUGAGAAGAGACUUCAUUUAUGGUACUCUCAUUUUUUUUUAAAUUUCAGUAACUCGGAAUAUUAUUUUUGUACUUUGUUUUCUAUGGUCUAGUUUUUGUUGGUUCAUCCAGCUUUUAAAUCAAAUAAAGCAGAAAAACCCACAUAACUUUUACCAAAUUUUAUUGUACAUUUUCAACAUUGUUAUUUUAUUGUUAUUCAUUAUGCAUGAUACAUUAUUAAUAUGUAAAAACUGCUUAAUUUUUUUAAUUUAUUCAACAAUAGUUCUUUAAAAUUUAUUUUUAAUAAUUUUUGUAUAUAAUUUUUUUUUAAAUUAAAAACAUCUAUUUUCCAUGAGGAGCGGGCAAAGUUAUUUUCGACUCUAAGAAUAAUUCAAAACGAGUUGUUUGAUUUUUCUAAUGCAAAAUUGAAUAUUGAAUCAAAUGUAAAUCGCGAUUUGAAACGAUGUUAGGUACAUUCCAUUUUUAUUUCGACUGAACUUUUCAUGAAAUCUUAAACUUAGGAGCGGAGGUACUAACAAAAGUUUGGUUAUGUGUUCUAAUAAGUAUUAAAAAAUAAAUUGUUAU